AUGAGCUUCAAUCUUGAUCGUUUUAACAUUUAGCCAGUUCCAUACUUGAAGUUAAAAAGAGAAGAAGCAGAAUAUUAUAUUGCAUACCAUAAAGAAAAGAGGCAAGAUAGGUAUUUGCUGAAAAUAUAUACUGUAAGAGAUAAAAUUUCAGAAUAAAGAAUAAAUAAUGAGAUCUAUAUGAACUAAUAAGCUCAAGGCGUUAACCAAAAUAUAAUAAAAGUCAAGGGAGUUGUUAAAUAAUAAAGCAUAGAUGAUUUAACUAAGCAAAAAUAAGAAAAGUUUAUUAUACUUUUAUCGUAUGUAAGCUAGAACUUAAGAGAGGUUAUUGAAUUUAAGAAGAUUGCAAAAGAGAAUCAAUACUUCACUCCUUAAGAAUUAAAAGCUCAAAUGAAAUCAUUAAUUAAAACUUUUGCUGAUCUUUAGCGCAACAAUAUAGCUCAUAGAAGAAUUGAGCUAGAAUCUAUUUAUUUUUUAAAUUAGAAUUCAUCAUUUUAGCUAGGAGACUUUUAUUAUUCUAAAAAUUUGAUAGGAUAAGAAGACUCCGAGAUAAGAUAAAUAGAUUAAACUGAACUAUUUCAAAUGAAAUUCCCUGAUGAAAAAUCAUUGGAGUGCCUUUCUAAUGGUAUGCCAGAACUGAAAUCAAAUUACUACAAAAUGGAUGUAUUUAGUUUAGGCAUUGUUUUUUUACAAUUGGCUUAGCUAGAGAUCUACGAAGGUGUAUUUAAUUUCAAGUAAUCUAAAGACUUUGCAAUAUAGAAAGUGGGAGAGAUAUAUGGAAGAAACAUAAAAGAAUUUAUCAGUUUAAUGUUAGCACCAAGAGAAGAAAGAAAAGAUUUUAUAGCUCUAGAAGAAAUCAUGAAUUAAAUAUUGGACCAAGAUAAUAUAGAUGAACAAAAUAUUAGAUGCUCCAUUUUUCCUGAAGAUAGGAAUAACUUAGCCACAAUACCAGAAAACAACAGUCUUAGAGAAGAUUUUACAAGCAGCAGUUCUAAUGACACAUUUAAAAGAGAUGAAGAUGAUUCAAACUAGAAUAUACUCUUUGAUUAGAGUGGCUCGAUCCCACAAAGAGUUCUAUAAGACACUUAUUAAGAAAAUUAUCGAACAUAGACAAUGAUUGAUAAAAAUUAAAUUAAAUAAACAAAUUAAACAUUACCAGCUGAAUAAAAUAAAGAUUAAAACCAUACUCAAAAAUCAAAGUUUCUUCAUUAGGAUUACAAAAUGCAUCAAAAUUUUAAUCUUACUUCUCCAACUAAAUUAUAGCUAAAUAGAUAAAAUAAUUAGACUUCUUAGUCAGCUAGAUCCUUAUAAUAAAAUGGUUUUGAUCAAUAACUCUAAAUAGCCAUAGAUGAAUCUAUUCCGUAUUCUCCAUAAUAUCCUACUAUCCAGCAAUAUAUAUAAAAUGAAUAUGUGCAGUAGCAAUUUCCAACUUAAGCCACUUAACCUAUGAUAUAAGAUAAUUAUUCAGCUAGCUACUUUAUGAGAUCAACAUAAAUCAAAAAAUAAGAAAAUCUAAAAUACAAUGAUUUAGUUCAGAAAGCUCAAAAGUAAAUAAGCUUAAAAUGGUUUGACAAAAAGUCUAUUAAAAUUCAAAAUUCUAUUGGCAGAGGAUAACGCAGUGAAGUAAGAGGGUGUGAAACAAAAGAAAGAAAUUGUUGUAUUGCAAAAAUGUAUUAUAAAACUAAAAAUACCGAUGUUUGGGAAAUGCUGGAGUCCUUAAAUAAAUUUUAUUAAUGUGUCUAAAACAAAAAUAUUUUAGUAAUUUAAAUUGAAGGCUAUUACAUUAACCCUGUAAAAGAAAACGAAUAUGAGUCUGAACUUUGGCUGAUUUAAAAGCAAAAGAAAUAUAAUUUAAUAACAAUUCAGCUUAGGCAUAACCUGACAUUUUUAGAGAGAUUGUCUAUAGUUAAAAAAUUAAUUUUAACUAUAACAGACAUUCACAAUUUAAAUAUUGCUCACGGUGAAAUAAAGCCUUAAAACAUUCUUCUCGAUUUAUAAAAAAACCCUUUCCUGACUGAUUUUGUAGUAUGUGAUAAAAUGAUAGGACCCUCAUAGUUGAUCAAGAGUAGAGGCUUCGAGACAGGAUAUUCUGCCCCAGAGCAGUAUAAUGACAUGCAAUUUUGCAAAAACAGUGACAUUUGGAGUCUUGGUGUUAUUAUAUCAGAAUUUCUUACAGGUCUAAAAGUAGAUUCUUAUAUUGUUGAAAAAUUUGGUCUAUAUGAUCCCACAAGAUAAGGUAGUUUAGACCUUUAACAAUAUGGAUAUUUUGAUAAUUAUAACAUUUCAAUGCUUAUUAAAUAAAUGACAUAAUAUAAUCCAGAUAACAGGUUACCAUUAAAUUAAGUUCUUGAGCAUAUUAAUUUUCUAGAAAAUACCAUAAAAUAAGAUUAAGGAUAGUAUAGAUUAAAUAGAGCUAGAUAAAGUGUACCAUAAAUUCCUACUUACCAAUAAGAUCCCUCGCCAACUCGUUUCUAAAACUGCUAAUUAUAAAUAUGUACCUAAUAAUAAAAAUAAAUGUAAAAAAAGUCAGCGGCCUUAAGGUAUAAAAUGUAUAAAGUAUGA